GAGCACAGACACAUUUAUUUAGUCUGCUCCUUAGUCUGAAAGUUAUUCCCCGACCGGAUGAGGAGAGAUUGACAGCCCAUCUUCCAGCCAACAACCCAAUCUGCUUUUGUAACAGUAGUCGGCGUGCCGAGCCAGGAGCUAACGAGUAGCUCUGUCUCUCUCUCUCUCUCUCUCUCUCUCUCUCUCUCUGAGACCUGGGACACCAAGGCGAAAGAGAGAGCUCAUUCCUCAACACGGCAGUCCUCCAUGGCUCUGUGCAACGGAUACAUCAAGCUGGAGAUCAACAGUGCAGAGCAGAAUGGGUCAUGUGAGGGGGCAGUGGCGAUCCUGGAUGCUGGAGCCCAGUAUGGCAAGGUGAUUGACAGACGGGUGCGAGAGCUGUGUGUACGCUCUGAAAUCCUCCCUCUAGAGACCCCGGCCUUUGCUCUCAGAGAACAGGGCUACAGGGCAAUCAUCAUUUCAGGAGGUCCAGCCUCUGUGUAUGCAGAAGAUGCCCCCUGGUUUGACCCUGCUAUAUUCACUAUAGGAAAGCCUGUCCUUGGGAUUUGCUAUGGGAUGCAGAUGAUGAAUAAAGUGUUUGGCGGCACAGUACACAAAAAGAGUGUGAGGGAAGAUGGAGUGUUCAGUGUUGGACUGGACAACACUUGUUCUCUCUUCAGAGGCCUUCAGAAAGAGGAACUGGUCCUGCUGACCCACGGAGACAGUGUGGAUAAAGUGGCUGAUGGCUUUAAAGUGGUGGCCCAAUCAGGGAACAUCAUUGCUGGCAUUGCUAAUGAACAGAAGAAGCUGUAUGGGACACAGUUUCACCCUGAAGUCGACUUGACGCAGAGAGGCAUCGAGAUGCUGCGUACCUUCCUGUUCGAGAUUGCUGGAUGCACGAGUAACUUCACCGUACAGAACCGCCAACAGGCCUGCAUCGAAGAGAUAAGAGAAAAAGUAGACAAGUCUAAAGUGCUGGUGCUGCUGAGUGGCGGGGUGGAUUCAACAGUUUGCACAGCUCUCCUCAACAAAGCUCUCAACCAGGACCAGGUGAUAGCGGUUCACAUUGACAACGGCUUCAUGAGGAAGAAAGAGAGUCAGAGUGUGGAGGAAGCCCUCACCAAACUGGGCAUCAAACUGAAAGUGGUGAAUGCAGCUCACACCUUCUAUAACGGAACAACAACCCUCCCCAUCUCUGAGGAGGACAGGACGCCACGAAAACGCAUCAGCAAGACUUUGAAUAUGACUACUAACCCAGAAGAGAAAAGGAAAAUCAUUGGAGAUACAUUUGUCAAAGUGGCAAAUGAAGUGAUAGGAGAAAUGAAUCUGAAGCCGGAAGAGGUUUUCCUGGCUCAGGGUACCUUACGGCCCGAUCUCAUCGAGAGUGCCUCUCAUCUUGCCAGCGGCAAGGCAGAGGUCAUCAAGACGCACCACAACGACACUGAACUCAUCCGCAAACUCAGAGAUGAGGGAAAGGUAAUUGAACCGCUGAAAGAUUUCCAUAAAGAUGAGGUCAGAGCACUAGGGAGAGAGCUGGGCCUGCCAGAAGAGAUCGUCUCCCGACACCCUUUCCCAGGUCCUGGUUUGUCCAUCAGAGUGAUUUGUGCAGAGGAGCCCUACAUCUGUAAGGACUUUGCUGAAACGAACAACAUCCUCAAAAUCAUCACCGACUUCUCUGCAAGUGUCAAAAAGCCCCACGCCUUGCUUCAGAGAGUCAAGUCAUGCAUAUCAGACGAGGAGGAAGAGAAGCUCAUGCAGAUCACCAGCCUUCAUUCACUCAAUGCCUUCCUGCUGCCCAUCAAAACUGUCGGCGUCCAGGGUGAUUGCCGGUCCUACAGUUACGUGUGCGGUGUCACUAGUAAAGAAUCUCCGCACUGGGAGUCGCUCAUGUUCCUGGCCAGACUCAUCCCUCGCAUGUGCCACACCAUCAACAGAGUUGUGUAUGUUUUUGGCUCCCACGUGAAAGAGCCGCCAACAGACAUUACUCCAACCUUCCUGACCACAGGCGUUCUGAGCACGCUCAGACAGGCUGACUUCGUAGCUCACUCUAUCCUCAGAGAGUCUGGCUAUUCCAGUAAGAUCAGCCAGAUGCCUGUCAUCCUGACCCCCCUGCACUUUGACCGUGACCCACUGCAAAAGCAGCCAUCCUGCCGGCGCUCUGUGGUGGUCCGCACCUUCAUCACCAGCGAUUUCAUGACCGGCAUCCCUGCCAUGCCGGGCAACCAUAUCCCAGAGGAGGUGGUGCUAAAGAUGGUAAAUGAGAUCAAGAAGAUCCCGGGCAUCUCCAGAGUCAUGUAUGAUCUGACCUCCAAACCGCCUGGCACCACAGAGUGGGAAUAAGGCGCAACAUGAAGUCAUACCGACAAGACAUGCACUCACACACAAUACACACAAACACGC